AGUUCUGGUCGCUACACAACGUGCAGACUUGCUAAGACAGCCAACAUUUGCUGUCAGUUGGCGUCGAAUAGGUAUGAUAACUAGAAACCUUGGUUUGUGAUAAACACCGUUGAAUAAACGAUGAGUAAACGACUUUUCGAGGCGGCUAAACACGCUGAUUUGUACGCGAAAUACCGUCCCAAUUAUGGCGAGGACAUAUAUGAGCGCAUCUUCAACUUCUGUCGAGAUGGUGGAAACUGUUUCAAGCUUGCUGUUGACGUUGGCUGCGGGUCAGGUCAAAGUACGAAGCAUUUGACGCGAUAUUUCAAACAGGUAGUCGGUGUUGACGUCAGCCCCAAGCAGGUAGAGCAUGCCGCGUCAGACGUCCCGAAUCUGAAGUUUGAAGUGGGCUUCGCGGAGAGCUUCAGCACAGUGAUCCCACCUUACACCGCUGACUUAGUGACCAUUGCCCAAGCCAUUCACUGGGUGGACACAGGAAGGUUUUACGGAGAAGUUGAUAAGGUUCUUCGGCCGGGAGGGGCAGUGGUUGUAUACGGCUAUGGUAACUGUACCUUGGACAACCCUCAAGCACAGGAGAUUAUAUCCAAGUUCUACUGGGGGACACUGAAGGGCUACUGGGACGAUAAGAGGGACCAUAUCAACUCUCAUUACAGAGAAUUUUCUUUACCCUACCAAGGCUUCUUCAGGGAUGAGAGUUUGAAGAUUUCCAAGGAAUGGACAGUUGACCAAUUCGUUGGCUACCUUGCCUCUUGGUCAGGUUGGCAGUCUUACCUAAAAGCACAUCCUUCCGCUUCUGACCUCGAGAACAUCAGGCAAACGUUGGCGACCUUAUAUAAACCCUCAGCUGGGGAAGAAUCUAAAGUGAAUAUAUCAUGGCCUGUAUUUAUGUUGCUGGGUCAGAAACCAAAGGAUUAAUCUCUAUGCAGUUUGAGGAUGUUUUAUAUUAAAGGCAGAAUGUCGGGUAUACUCAGUACAUGACCUACACAAUAUAUGACAGACACGAUUUGUCAGAGAUGACGAGCAAACGUUUUUACCACUAUAGUCUGUUUGACUUCAUUUUAGACCGAUGAAUUGCUCACUAACACAAAAUCUAAUAAUUGCAACAAAA